UUUUUUCAUCGCAUUUCCCCCUUUCGUCCCUAGCAAUCUUUGGCUGGUCGAUCAUUAUUUACUGUAGCCCGUACCAACAGUGGAUUUCUGCGUAAUGCCUCCACUACACGUCUUCAGAUGCGUCGGCGGACGUCGGCAGAUGCAUCGGCAGGUGAAUCCCCACGAGCUGACCACACGUCUGCAGACGUCUGCAGGUCGCUCAGUCUGUGUCAAGCCUCGACAGAUGCAACGGACGCAAUAUUUAAAAAAUGGAUGUUGAGAUGGUAACUGCCGCAGCUAUUUAUUUGUUUAGUACUUUUAAUUACUACUUGAGUGUGUAUCGCAGUAGAGUUAUUAAGAAGAAAUGGAAAAGAAGAAGGUGGUGGAUGCUGGCUAUACAUAGAAACAGAACAAAGAAUAGCAUGGAAAAUCAGCUUGCAGAACUUUACGCGGAGCCAGCUGGAGAAUUUGACAAUUUUGUUCGAAUGUCUUGCAGCGAUUUUGAAUAUCUUUUACAGAAGACAUCUCCAAUGAUUGCUAAAAAUGAUACUGAUCGGAGGGAUGCAAUUCCAGUGAAAGUACGCCUGGCAGUAACAUUAAGAUACUUAGCUACUGGAGAUAGCUAUAGAAGCUUGCAUUACCUGUUCAAAAUUUCAAGCCAAGUGAUAUCUCUAAUUGUUCCUGAAGUAUGUUUGGCGCUCAAUGACAUAUUAAAGGAUUUAGUGAAGCUUGCUUCCUGGAAUUCAGGCAGAUUCAUAGUACGACGUUAUUGUCCUUGAAAUUUUUGACUGCUUUGAGGAGGGAUAGGAGGGACGUCAACGUCGACGUUGUUUUUUCCUUCUUCAGAGAGGUCACUAGCCCGUUCGUUCGAAGCGCCGGCUUCUUCACAUACCUCAGAUGCCUAAAACUGCAAAUGAAUGGCUCUCAAAGGCACAAGGCUUCAAUUUUCCUCAUUGCGUCGGAGCUUUGGAUGGAAAGCACAUCAUGAUUCUACCGCCACCCCAUACUGCAUCGGAGUACUUCAAUUACAAAGGACACUUCAGCAUUGUACUCUUAGCACUAGUUGAUAGUGACUACUGUUUUAUUUUUGUGGAUAUAGGAUGCCCAGGACGGAUAAGCGACGGUGGCGUCUACAAUCAAAGUGUUCUAAAGCAAAAAAUUGACACAAAUGUGAUCAACUUGCCACCUCCUAGUCCUUUGCCCAAUAGUAACACUAACUUCCCUUAUGUUUUUUUAGCUGAUGCGGCAUUUGCUCUGAGUACACAUAUUAUGAAGCCAUUUCCUGGGCAUCAUGCUGUUGGUACUCCCGAGAGGUUAUUCAAUCAAAAACUGUCUAGUUCGCAUAUGACAAUCGAAAAUACUUUUGGAAUAAUGUCUAGCGUAUUCAGAAUUUUCAAAAGGCCUAUACCACUGAAUAUUCCCAAGGCAUCUUUAAUUACAAUGACAUGCGUCUUGUUGCACAAUUUCUUGAGAAAAAGUAAAACAUCUCGACAUAUGUACACUCCCCCAAAUUCGGUAGAUAAGUAUGUUAAUGGUGAAUUAACCCAACCAGGAUCUUGGAGACAAAAUUACACAGGAACAUUUGAUCCACUGCAACAUGUACCUCGAAGAGCUCCUACAUGUGCAGUAGAAACAAGAUUAAAUUUUAUGAAAUAUAUUCACGAGAAUAACAGUUAGCUAUAGAUGUACCUAACAGAAUUUUCUGAAAUAAAUAGGAUUAGAGAAACUUGGUUUUUUACUUACGUUUUCCUCUGAAUUUAUGAGA